GACCGUUGAAGACGGUUUGUCAGCUGUUCCAUCUUCCCAUAAUCCUCAUUCCCGCGUUUGUACUUUACGUUUUCAGAGUAGGUCUGUACAUUUUCUAAAUUUUCGGUUCGAAAUACACUUUCCAUAACGGGAGUGGUCUAAUUAAGGGGUCUAAUCACUGUUCAGCAGAACAGUGAGUAGAAUAAGCUAGGUUCUUAUAGUGAAAUGGAAGUAAAUUGUCGCGAAAACAAGGAAAAUCAUGAGCAGUCGUCCAAAUUCGCGAUGGCUGCCAACCCGACCAAGAGGGUUGGUUUGAACCAACGGACUGGUACUAUUGCAGAGACUAGUAAACAGCCUUUGGGUGCUUCCAACCAACUGAAUGUCAAUGUGGAUUGUAAAAUAAAAAGUAAAAAUGAAAACGGUUGUGCUGUCAAGAAGGAGAACCAAAAGAAUUUGGACAAUCCUAUUGUCCCAGUGGCUCAGUUUGAGGCAUUUAAGGUAUAUGAAGAUGAUAGCUUUGAUGAAAGGAUGGCUAGGAUUGAUGAAAAACUCAAACAAAUGGCUAAGAAGAAUGGCAUUAUUGAUGCUUACAAAGGUACAGCUGAGGAUAGAUUCCUCUCAAAAACAGAAGCUGCAGCAAUUAUAAAAAAGAAACGAGAGGAGCAAGAUGCUGCAAGAAAGAAUCUUGAACUUUUGAGAAGUCAAGGAAGCAGUCCUAUGAGUGUUGGAAAACCUAAUGAUGAAAACAUGGCAGAAAUGGAUGAUGACUCACUAUUUUGGGGCAGAAAGACCGUCAAGGAUGUAUUCUUUGACAUGGAAGAGUAUAGAGAAAUGAUAUACAAGUACUUGAGAGAACAUGAGUUGAAACAUCGUCCAAAAUCAGGUUACAUGAAGAAGCAACCUGAUGUAACAUCCAACAUGAGAACUAUACUAGUAGAUUGGUUAGUUGAAGUAGCUGAGGAGUACAGAUUAACUACUGAAACUCUAUAUCUGGCAGUGAAUUUUAUAGAUAGAUUCCUUAGCUACAUGUCUGUUGUGAGGGCAAAGCUGCAAUUAGUCGGAACAGCUGCAAUGUUUUUAGCUUCGAAAUACGAGGAGAUAUACCCGCCCGCAAUACGUGAAUUCGUGUAUAUUACUGAUGAUACCUAUACCAAAAAACAAGUGAUUCGUAUGGAACAGUUGAUACUGAAAGUACUAGGUUUUGACUUAUCUAUACCAACACCAUUGACCUUCAUCACUGCCAUCUGCUCCAUGAACAAAAUCAAUGAUAAAACAACAUACCUUGCAAUGUACCUCAGUGAGCUCUCACUGUUAAACGGCGACGUUUACCUGGAUUUCUUGCCUUCUGCCAUAGCUGCGUCUGCCAUUGCAAUUGCUCGCCAUACUUUAGGCGAACCACAUUGCUGGACCACAGAGCUCAUAGAGUCAUCAGGAUAUGAAUUAAUCCAUCUGCGCCCAUGCAUCGAGUUCCUCAGUGGUAUGUUCGCAUCAGCGCGCACAAUGCCCCAGCGUGCCAUCCCAGAGAAAUACAAGACCAAGCAGUACCUACACGUAUCUUCAUUAAGUCCCUUGAACGAACCGUUACUUUUCACUUAACCGCCGCGGAAGGAUCGUGCACCUGUGUUUUAAAGACUGUGUUUUGUGAAUGUCUCCAGAGACGGACACACAACUGUAGAAGGGAGUCAAAUAAUGUUAAGUUGCUUCUUUGGAAAGUUAUAUUUAACGAAAAUUCUGCUCCAUCAUAUUGGUAAUAAAAUUGUUUGGAGCAUUUCGAAUAUAUGUGGCCUUCUGCAGUUCAUCCGUCUGAAAGUGCCUUAUGUGUAAAUGUUUUUGUGACUGCGAUUUGAAUACCCAUCCCAGUGCGUUUCUUAUUAAAAAAAAAGUGCAAAGAUUGAUAUUCUACUUGUGUACAAUAUUUAGGCUUAGAAUCUUUUGAUAACUCGAAGGUGUGGUUUUUAUUUUUUUACUUUUUUACUCAUAAAUUGCGCCCCAUAGCUUGCCAGAAAAUUUAUCAGGUAAGAGUUGCGUCCUCAUUUUAGUAAAAAAAAAUAAUCAGGUUUAACAGCAAAUCACCUUGACGGCAAAUUGAGUAACCCCGAGAUGAGCAACACCCAAAAUUUACUAAUACUGAAUUUUGAGUUUUUUAUGAAUUUUAACUAUAGCCUUUUGGGUUUCACCAUGUCUGAAAAACUGAUGAAUCUGGUUCAGACAAUGAAUUAUUUCCAUUUGAUUAAAUGUCAUCUGUAUUAUGCAGGGUAUAGGCACUAUUCAUAACAUCAUUGAUUAACUAUAUGCUAUAUUCCCGCAUCAAAAAAAUUGUCCUAGAAAAAAUAGUGACAUCUAUGAGAGUUUGCACAGCUGUUUUUCUCUAUUCCCUGUAUAAACUUUGAAGAUGUUAAUGUCUCAUAGAUGGCGCUGUCGCCACCUGUAUGCUUGUAUAUGCUCAUAUAGUACCUAUUAGACACUAACAUUUUUAAAUUAUGUAUAGUAAAUAGAAAAACAUCUGUAAAAAAUUCCCAUCGAUGACGCUAUGGAAUCUCAUUUUAUUUUGGAUAUUUUUUUGGAUGCGGAAAUAUAACAUUAGAUUGGCAAUAUUCAGGUCUCCAUGUAAUCUGCACAGAAAAACUUAGUGUUCUUAAAAAACCGAGUUCAGUUUAGGUACAAUUUAGGCUUCUCGUCAUGAAGGUGGGAUUCGAUGUUGUUGAUUCUAUGAAAUAAUAAAAUUGCCAAAAGUCAUCUUAUGGCGACACUGUACAGAACUAUGAAAUAAUUAAAAAUGCAUCUCUUAUACAGGGAGGCGCACAAUGAACUUUAUGGUUUAAAAUAUGCCAUCUGGGAAAUUAGGUAUGACUGAUAAAAUCUCCUGAAAGUUGUUAACAUUCUGCUUCCAUAGUGUUAUUCAUAAUGUUCCGUGGUAUUUCGGUCGUCAUGACGGCUAUUCCGUUAAAAAUAUUCACUUUCAAGUAGACAGUGUGUCGUGAUUGGUACAUAAACACAUACUCAUUCAAAAUUUUUCAAAAAAAAAAAGCCGGACGCAGCUAAAUCCGAUGAACGCGGACGCUAAUUCAAAUUAAUUGUCUCCGCCAAAUGAUUUGUUCUAGAAUUUCCUUUACAUAGCCACUACUCUGAACUGUGGGAAAGUCGUCCUCUGCCCAAAAGGCCACAAGAAAAAAACGUACUCUCAGAAGCGAGCUCUUUAAUUUUCAAUCACCUGUUUUCAUUAAAUUUUCUUUGUAAUUUGCAACAAAUUUUCCGCACCUGCACAGAACUGCACAUCUUCCAGCAAUAUCUGUUGCUGACAAUUUGGGAUGAGAAGUGCGACGAUAUGCGCGACAAGAACACAGAUCUUUGAUCUUGACAAUGAAAACCGACUAUUUUGAUCCAUUACUCCGUUAUAUCGCUAUACAUUAAAUUAAGCCUUUUCUACUAAAUCCUAGAAACUAAUUAAAAUUAGAAAAAAGGAUGCGUUAUAAAUAAUCAAACCAUAGCUUUCAUUUUGUGCCACCUCGUAGUACUUCGUUAGUUCAAACGCACGAAUCAAGGCAAUUGCCAUAUGAACCUGCCAUAUUUUAUGUAGUAUAGAAAACAUUCCUGAAACAGUGAAAAGACAAAAAAAUGCAUUCCAAAUCAUAUCAACAUUACAAGUGUGGAAGGUGUGUUGUGAUGUCAUUGAAGAGAAACGCACAGUUUUACUUUUUAAUUUUAUAUUUAAUAACUUCUGUAUUUUGAACACUUUUUUUUAAACAGUAUGAAAUUUGAACCAACCUAUGCGGUCUUUUAUUUGCUUGUGAUGAAACAGAUCUGGUCUAAUGAUUCUUGAAAAAUUGCCCACACAGUUCUCGAAUCUGUAAUUAAAAAAUUAAAGACUGCAAGCAACAUUUUGAGCGUUGAAAUUUAUAGGUUUCAAUGUUAUCAAAUAAAACUGCACAUAGCUAUUGUAAUUUAUGCAAAUUUGUCACGGUUUUUACUUGUAUGUCUACACAUGCUUAAAUAAUUAUAUAGAUUUUUUUACAUCACUGCGCCAAGUAAAAUAGCGUAUUUAUAACAUAUUUUUUAACUUUUUGAUAUUGGCGACUUGGAAUUUUGUCAGUGAGAUCGAAUAUUUUUUCAAUUUUAUAAAGCUAGGCUUAACGAUAUACAAAACGGUUUUUUCAGUUUUUAUUCGUACAUAAACAUAAUUUAUGCCAUUUGAUGCAACCGCAUCGAAACCAUUUUGUUAGUUUUGAAGAAAACUGACACUAUUAAUAUCAGAAACAAUACCUAAGUUAAUGUUAUUUAGUAACCGCUAGAUAGCGCGAAGUAGUAGUUUGAGACUCGAUACAUCCCACUCGAAAAUGUAUCAUUUCAAUCCCUUCUGCUGACUAUUGAUGCAUUUUGAGUAGCGACAGUCUUCUUCUAAACCGACAAUUUAUUUCUUAUGUACUUCGUAUUGUAAAAAUUUGUUUUUAAUAUAUGAUUUCCA